ACUCCCCAGGGCCUACUCGGCAUUCGCCCGGCCGCCCUGCGUCCGUCGCUCGUUGAGCUAGCUUCUCGGGCGCUGCAGUCAUGUCGACCGCCAUGAACUUCGGGACCAAGAGCUUCAAGCCGCGGCCCCCAGACAAGGGCAGCUUCCCGCUGGAUCACUUCGGUGAAUGUAAAUGCUUUAAAGAGAAAUUCAUGAAGUGUCUCUAUGACAAUAAUUUUGAAAAUGCUGCGUGCAGAAAUGAAUCAAAAGAAUACUUAGAGUGCAGAAUGGAAAGGCAGCUCAUGGCGCAGGAGCCGCUGGAAAAGCUGGGCUUUGGAGACUUGAAGGACAGGAAGACGGAGGCCAAGAGUGAACUUUCAUGAGAAGUUGACCAUGUCGGCGUCUUUGGCGUCUAGAGCGGAGCGCAUGGCCCUGUGGCCUGUGGCCUGUGGCUGGCAGGGGUCCCACACUCCUGAAGGAGCCAGCCAGGCUUCUCCCUGAGGACUUCUUCUGAUCACUGCCCCUUCAUGCCUGCGUUUGUCUCCAAUGGCUCUUCUUUGUAUCAUGUGUCACACAUCUUGGGGCUCAUGACAGAGGCAGGAACACAAGAGGGGUGUCCCACUCAGCAUGGCUGUCACAGCGCAAUGCCGUGUCCCUGACUGCCUGGCCCAGUGCUCAUAGUACUCCCACACCAGCCUGUCACCCGCGCCCUGGCAGGGUGCCCUCUUCUGUGCCAGCCCCCUUAAUACUACUGGGAUUUGAACCCAGGGCCUUGUACUUGCUAGGCCGGCACUCUCCCUCUUGAAUUACCCCGCAUCCCUUUUUUGCUGUGAUUAUUUAUGGGUAGGGUCUGGCAUGAAGCAUCCAUAAUCAAAAGGUUAUUUUCUAACCGGUAUCAGUCUAUAUUUAUGAAAGGACUCCAUACUUGGUUCCCGUCACUCAGUGUCAUAUCCUGAGUUGUUAGUAUGUCGGUAGAUUUAUUAGAGUUGGGCUGUUCAUUAUCUUCCCAUUUUUCACUCUGUUGUAACAACACCCCAUUUCUGUACUGGCUGAUGGCUGCUCAAGCCUGGAGUGUGUUAUGUACUAAUCUCCAGGUCACCAACCGGUGCAGAACAGUGUUCUCAGCCCAGGUGGUUUUCAGUGGCCUGAGGGUCUCCAGAUGGCAGAGCAGGAUAUGGGGGAGGGGGGGUUGUCUCUGCUGUGUGCCUUGGUCCAAGGCCUCAGAUGUCCCUGUCCCCUGUGCCCUCAGACCCACCCCUUCCCAGGCCCUGCAGGCUCCCUUCUCCGCUCCUGAUUGGUUGAUGGAGAUGGUGAUGGGCCAGAGGGAGGGAGCAGGCUGGUGGCCUGUCCCAACCUGGAAUUCACUCUUUCACCAAAGUCUGUGAGUGCUUGAGGCCUGGGAGGCUUCUGGUGCUAUGCUGUCUGUGGGCCCAAGCCCUUUCUGAGAUGGGUAGGCUUUGUAAAACCCUCUCAAGUACUUCCUGUGACUGGGUCUGUUUUCUUGUGCCCACUAAGUGAUCUGUGGCUUCCCAGUGCACUGCAGACUGGGCAUGCUAUUGAUUAAUGGUCUCAUUUUCCAGUCACCCAACCAGCCCUAAGAGCUGGGUGUGGUCCACACUCAGCUAUAAUUCCAGCUCUCUGAAAGUGGCCACAGAAAGAUUACAAAUUCAAGGCUAAGUAACAAGACAGUUGAAUGGCUGCCUUGGACAGAAGACACGUGGGGAAGAACAUCAGUGUGACAGCCACCGAGGUUAUCAUGGCUGCUGGAAGUUCGGAUCCACUGAAGUUUUGCAGAGUGGCACAAGAGGGGUCUGAAGAACUUCCAGUGCACAUGGCCACCACCAGAAAAGCUUUGCUGUGGUGUGUCCCCCACACUCCUCGGGGGACGGUGUUGCCUGCCCAGGUGCACGCGCAGGCCUCCUGAGCUGAGGGUGCGCCAUGCAGCAGGCAUCCGACACCUCAGCUGUCAGGCCUGAGGGGCUGGGAUUAGCCCAGGGCCUGGACAGUAGGGGACCCUGGUCCAGUCUUGGGUACCUGCAGGUCAGCCUGGUGUGGCCAGAUGGACAGCCUCUGCCCUCCAUGGGCAAAUGUUCUGUUGUGUGAGGUUAUUUUGAAAUAAAAUGUUGCAAGUG